AUGACCUCAAGCCUGCAGGAGCUAACAAGAACGGUUGACUCCCCGGAGAGUCUACCUUGGCAGGACCGUCUGGAGUUCGUCGAGCUUGGAGGUCUAGCGAAGGCGAACAACGGGGAAUUUGUCACCUUAACGAUCCCUCGAGAGGUACCGGACGCGCUCUCGAAUGACCUCAACCGCCUUCGCGACGAUGGCUCGCACAAGCCACCAAUUCGCAACGUAGCGAUGAAACCGUCGUGGAUAGGGUCAAAUAUAGGCCUGAAUCUGGAGUUGGGGGAGCUGAUCUGCUCGGGACGUGCCGGAUGGGUGUAUGAAAUCAAAGUUAUCACCACUCCCGACAAAUUCACCCCCGAAUUGCCUCCCCUUGUGAUCAAGAUUGCUAAACAAUCUGAAGGCAGGCGGGUAUCGGAGGAGGCGGGCGUAUACGAGCAGUUACGCGAGUUCCAAGGCCGAUUUAUACCCCAAAGCUACGGGUACUUCCGUCGUCCAGUCAACUUGCAGGACUUGACCGUCAUGCCCUGGGACCCCACAUGCACCUUCCCGAGGUCAGAAGACACAUUCGACAUCUACAACAUGCCUCACCCAUGCGCCAGCUUGAACCUGUUUCUGAUGGAGAGACUGGGCCCGUCCCUUGAGGACCACGAUGUGGAGAUAAGGCAGGACGUCGACGCGAUCACCAGUGGGGACACACCGAAGGACAUCCUGGUACUGCGUGGACAACUAAUGGAGAUGUGCGGGGCUGUGGCAACGUCUGGCAUUUUGCAUUUGGACAUACGGCCGGCCAAUAUCCUGCGAGCUUCUCUGAGCGGCUCUGAAAAACCCGUUUGGACAGCGCAGACCGGACAAUCCACGCCGGCCAAUCCAUGGCGCAUGGUGGACUGGGAGCUGGCCCGGAAGUAUCUCCCGAAAGACGCGGGCGCCGUCUUGGACCAAUAUGAGGAUCAAGUCAACUACAUGCUAGAGAAUAGCAUACCGUAUCACUACAGCGGCGAUGAAGAUACAGUCGAUGAAGAUACAGCCGAUGAAGAUACUCAGUAA